GAAUUUAUUUUUUUCCCCAAUGGCAUCAACUCCACAACAGACCUCUGUGGAUAUGAAUGCACUCUCUUCCUUUAUCACUGCAAUCAACGAAAGAAAUCUUGGAAUCAGCAGCUUUACCUGGGGAGGGGGAACAUCCACACCAUCAGAUUGCCUACCAAUUUGCAUCAGAAUGCAGAGGCCACCACCAGCCAAGAGCUCUCAGAGCCUUGGGAAGACGAUUCUUGGUCUUACCUUUCAGGCAGUUCUAGCCUUGUUCAUCAGCUUACCCAGUUCACCUCCGCAACUCCCUACACUUCUUUUUGGAGCUGCCGUGUUGAUCAGCUUUGCAGUUUCGUUUGCUGGACUUUUCCUUCAAACUGCAUACCCGAGAAUGGCGCUUUUGUUUGAAAAGCCGGUCCCAAGCCCGGACAAAGGAGGAGGGUAGUGUCAUCAGAUCAUUGGAUCUUGAUCUUGUUCUAAAAGACAGGCUGAAGAAAGUUGUGUGUUAGUAGUAUUAUCAUGUUAGUAAUAAAGAUGGCAGCAUCAAGAGAGAUGGGCUCUCCCAGUGGUGAAAAUACAAAGGAACCACAUGUAUUGCCGAAGUUCAGUCAUCCUAAGAUAUAACUAAAAUCUCAUCCUACAAAAAUAUACAUAUUUUUUA